AGGAGGGACAUGAGGAAAUCUGAAGCAGCUCUGUCCUAGCAAGACCUAGCGAAACAGAGCAAACGAGUUGCUCCUGGGGUUAAAGUGUCAGAAAAGUCAACACGACUGCAUCCUUAGUCAUAGCGCUGUGGUCUUGGUCCAUCUAACAAGACAUGGCAGACGCCAAGCCACAAGACUCCGGCGCCGCAGAGGGGAACCUGGCGGAGGAGUUUGCCGUGCCCUCGCAGGUGGAAGAGGUGAAGAGUCGGAUGGCGGAGUUCGCAGAGCGUCAUGGAGCGGCCGGACGCCGCGUCGUUCUCAUCACUUCAGGCGGAACCAAAGUGCCUCUAGAAUCCAGAACUGUCCGUUUCCUGGACAACUUCAGCAGCGGCCGACGGGGCGCCUCCUCGGCGGAGUAUUUCCUGGACUCUGGCUACGCGGUGAUCUUUCUACACCGGCACCGCUCCCUGUACCCCUACACGCGGCUCUACUCAGGGAUCAACCUGCUGGACGCUCUUACGGUGGAACCCGCGGAGGACAGGUCCGCGCGGGUCUCGGUGGACCAGAGCGCCCUGCCUAAUAUCGCAGCUACCCUGAAGCGGUACCAGGCGGUGAAAUCAUCGGGGCUGCUCCUGCCUGUCGAGUUCAGCACCUUGUCUGAGUAUCUCCAUCUCCUCAAAGCUGCGGCGCAAGCCCUCAGCAGUAUAGGCUCCAAGGCCAUGUUUUAUCUGGCUGCUGCUGUCUCAGACUUCUACAUCCCUGCGUCCGAGAUGCCCGAACACAAGAUCCAGUCUUCAAACGGACCGCUCCAGAUCAGUAUGAAGAUGGUGCCCAAGAUGCUGUCUCCGCUAGUGAGGGACUGGGCUCCGGGGGCCUUCAUCAUCUCCUUCAAGCUGGAGACGGACAGCAGCAUCCUGCUGGAGCGAGCGCGGCGUGCGCUAGACACCUACCGGCACCAGGCGGUGGUGGCCAACGUGCUGGACACGCGCCGCGGCUACGUGGUGGUGGUGACGUGCCACGCGCAGCACGAGCUGCAGCUCUCCGACGAGGACGCACUCAACAACGUGGAGAUCGAGGAGCGGAUCGUCAGCAACCUGGAGGCUGCCCACCGGGCCUUCAUGCUCCAGGGCUGAGCGGGUCAGAACAGGGCAGGGCUCUGUGGGCGCUGAGAGCGGGCGGCACCGUCUCCUGGAGAUGGGCAUCGCUGGCCCCUGUGCUCCGUGCUCCGACCUCCUGCCCGCCCUCGUCCUGUCCCGCUCCUCCCAGACCCUCGGACUCUCUCCGCAGGGCCAACCACACACAGACUGUCAGUGUGAGUGACUGCAUACUAACAUACUCAACCACACACAAACUGUCAGUGAGAGUGACUGCAUACUAACAUACUGCAUCCUAAAUGCCUUCACUAAGCUGAGAGACUCCAGCGCUUCGUUAAAGCAGUGUUUGCUUUGCUCUACGUAACGGUACAUAUGUGUUAUUGAAGUUAGGGUUACUGGUCCAUGCUGCUGUUGAUGCUAGAGUAAUACCCUGAGACGCCAUGAAGGUGAUGUCAUGUGAUGUUUAUCAGAUUCUGAGCAUGCUAAUAAAGAUCACUGCAGUGGA